ACUGGCAAAGAGCACGCCGCAGUGAAGUACGAUGCUUUCUUCGAAACAUCACUUCUUUCGUAUAAAUUUCAUAUUGCCGUUGGCUCUAUGUCUUGGGAGUCGGUAUUGUGGAUUGUCCGAUGCGAAUGAAACCCAAGUGAUGUCCACCGCUGCCGCGAUUAAAACAUCAUUAACUAUGGAAAUUAAACCUUCUAUGAGAAUGGCCGGAUUUCGUGAGAACUAUGCCACUAAAACAUUAGCAGCAAGCUUGGAAAUCAAGACAAUUUAUUCCAAAUCCAAAGUGUUUACAGUGCGAGAAACAAAUAUUCCAGAACAAUCAAGUUUUUCAGCUGAGGCCGUAAUUCGACAGUCACGGGCAACAAAACGCAGUUCGACUUUUCUUUACAGCGAUGCAUUGACUUCCACAUCGCGAGUCAAUUCAGGCUCACCUCACGCUAAUACCUCAACAUAUUUCUUCCCGGAACUUCCAUCCUCUGUCGUUUCUUUUUCUCCGAAUCGGACGAAUCAUUUUGAGUUGAAUUCGACUGCCGCCCCAACUCACAAUUAUGAUGAAAAUGGAGACUGCUCCUCAGGACAAACGGUGGAGAAAUCAUGCGACACUUAUGUAACUAGAUGGGUCGAUUUUUACGUGAAUGUAAGUAUUUCUAAAUGUUUCAGAACUAAAAUGCUUUGAAUUAUUUGUGAUAAAUUUAAUCACCCUCGUCUUUUAAUAUGUUUUCACUGACAUGCUUAGGAUGAAGCAGAAACAUGCCGAAGACAUAGAAUUCAAAUAGAAUUAAAAAUAUCAUGGGUUUUAGUAGAAAAAUUAUUAAUUGCACAGCGAUUAUUAUCACAGGGUUUAUAAAUAGUGUUUUCGCAUGAUAAAAACGACCUGUGUACAUUUAAAAAGGCACUCCACUGAGCCAUGAUGUCAACAACGACACGAAAAUUCAAAGAAAAACUGAAUAUUAAGCGCGCAACCGAGUAACCAACAACGUUAAAAGAAUCAAAACGGAUCGAAUUAUUUCAACGGUUAGCCAGGCCAGUACAGAUCUUACGGAAAAUUAGAAAUCAUGCUUUUAUUUGAAUGCAUAAUACGUCCGUGACACUACUAACUAUUACGUGCGUGGGCAGGCGGCUCGAUCAAAAGUCAACUUGUGUAGAAAUACAAAAAUAAUGAGCUAAACUAUGAAAUAGAAAAAGCAAUAACAACAAUCAAACAACCAUUGUGGAAAAACCUACAAGAUGAAGAAUGCUAAUACUAAAAUUUAAUGGCAGACCGAAACAAAAAUAAUCAGUAAAGUGCUAAACGACCAUGCUUCAAACACCUGCCUCUCCGGCAGCUUACAAGGUGCAAUAAUAAUCCUUAAUAGACGUUGGACGUUUAUUCUAUGAACUCGAGGGGGAAAAAGUACAAUGGUUUUCGAGGCUAUUAAAGGAAAUUGCCCUUAGUUCUUAAAUAUUUCACUUAUCAGGAACAAAUUUGAUUGGAUAUCAUCGAUUCCCAGUUAUCUUACCAUGCUUUUUCCGAUAGAUAAAGUGUACCGAUUUCUAAGUGACCAUGGUGACAGACCAACGUUUUUUUGCAUUUUUAUAUUGUUACAGGUCUGCAUACAUUAUUUAAAACGUGCGCAUAUCAAACACGCUAUCAAAAGUCCAUUACUGUAAUUACAACACAGAAUUUCAAGAUUUAAACUUAAAUCAUUAUUAUUCACUCGUGAUGAUUUUAAAAGCAAAGAUCAUUAGAAUUGAAUUAAUUCAUAAAAAACACCCCAAGGCAAAGAAAUUAUUUAUGAAGAAUCCCCAUUGUGAAGUCGAUAUGAUCAUUCUAUAGUAUCCAAUGAGCCUUAGGAAAAGAUAUGAUUGCUUUGCUCAGUUACCAAACUGAUUAUCGGAGCAACUAAAGUUACUUCCAGUUUUUUGUUUAAUUAUGCGGUGGUCAUUUCUUAAAUUAAACCUUCAAUAAUUGUCAUUACCUUACCUUGACAAAUCAGAGUAUUCACCUCUCGAUAAUCAUUUAAGCUAUUAUACUAAACAAGCGAUAGUGCCCUUCUUUGUAGAGAAUGGAAUAUUUCGUUCCAUUUAAUGAUUUAACGACCGCCAUGCUGUUUUACUCUCUUCGUGGGGUGUGUGGGGAGGGGGGGGGGUGGGGCUGGCGUAUCUUAGCGAUCAAUUUCGUUAGAAAUUUUAAGUCCAGAGUAAACAUCCUAAAUGAAGUAAACUAUUAUCAAAUCUCUCAGAUAUUAUUGAAAAUGACGAUGGAAAAUAUUAUACUAAAACGCUAUCUUCAACGGAGCUUUUUUUCAAUAGUUCACUUUACUAAUUUGUGCUCUGUUAUCAUAUAAUAAAUUUCAGUGUGAUAGUUGAUUGGAAAAUCUUAGAUUUGAGUUUAUGACACUUUGAGGACGUUAGGAUCGUUCUCUCCCCACCCCCCUUAGGAAAGCAAGUCACCUCUUUUCACUCCAUGAUAUCCUGAAAAGUAAUUUAUUCUAGCGCUGUUAUUAUUGAGAUAUGCUAGUAAAGGUGCAACUUUUUGUCUUAAUUCAUAGAUUGGGGGAUGGAUAAUGCUGGCAGUUGUUCUUGUCGGAAUUACGGUGCUGGUUUCAACUCAUUUUCAAGCCAGGAAGAAAACAAAAGAGUUGAAGAGAUUACCUCAAUUAAUGUACAAAGAAAUACGUCGCAACCGAGGUCGCUGGGUAUAGAAAGAGCGACGAAAUAUUCAUCUGUAAAACAUCAUGUGAUGUUCAUGUGAUGUCCGAGUCAGAAUACCACUCCUGUUCUGGCUUUCCUUAUACAGUCUUCGUCAAGGCAUGAACGAAAUAUCGAUGAUUAAUAUUAUAUGCUAGACAGAACUUUAAUAUUACCUUGUCUACCUCUUGCGUUAAACUUCGGACCUCGUUCAGGAGACAAAAACUACAUUACAAAUAAACUAUAGUCUGCGCUUUAAUUUAUGAUUUAGUAACGAGACUGACGAAAGCGGUGGACCAGUAUUCUACCGACUACCGUUAGCUCUUGCAAUGCAACAGCAGCUUUGGUCAGAGUAAGAAAUGGCGCUUAUGCAAUCUGCCGACAUGCAAAAUACUUUAAAAAUAUCGUAGG